CGUGGGAGGGGAAGACACACGCACUUCAAACACACGACAAAAUAAAAAUAAAAACUUUCCCACUUUGCUUCUUCGUCUUCUUCAACGACAAAAUAAAGUGGGGUUUCGCCUUCUUCUCCAAAAUAUGAGGAAGAAGCUAGAUACUCGUUUCCCUGCGGCUAGGAUUAAGAAAAUUAUGCAAGCUGACGAGGAUGUAGGGAAGAUUGCAAUGGCUGUGCCUCUUCUAGUCUCUAAAGCACUAGAGCUAUUUCUGCAAGAUUUGUGUGAUCAAACAUAUGAGAUAACUUUGAGGAGGGGGGCAAAGACUAUGAAUGCUUUUCAUUUAAAACAGUGUGUGCAGACUUUUAAUGUCUUUGAUUUUCUGAAAGAUAUUGUCAGCAAGGUUCCUGAUUUAGGCUCUUCUGUUGCAACCGGUGAUGACCAUGCUGUCACUAAGAGGAGGAAAGUUGCCGGAGAUGAUGAUAAUGACAGCGACGAGGAACUCAAGAGAAAUAAGAAGCCAGAGCCUGGACAUAGCAGUGGCAGAGGAAGGGGUAGGGGUCGUGGCCGUGGAAUCAGAACUGUAGAUCAAGAGAUGGGUUCACAUGCCAAGUGUGAAGAUGAUUCUCAUGUAUUGAAGCAGAAUGACAACCAUCAAAGCAAUGAAAGCAUGGAAAAUGCAUCGGAACCUGCAGAAGUUAAGCAGAGUUUUCCAGUAAGCAAACCGACCGAAGUGUGCAUUCGAAAUUUUGACUUAAAUUUGGACCCAGAUGAGGAUAUGGAUUCAUUAGACACACCAACUUCUGUCCCAGCUAGUUCAUCUGCAAAAUCAGUGUCAGAAGAGAAGCAUGAGGAAUACCCUGGAUGGCCCUUGUCUGAUAUGGAAAAAAUGACCAUUGAUCCCAUUCAACUAGCUAACAUAAAUGGAAGGAUUGAUGAAGAUGAAGAGGAUUAUGAUGAAGAAAUGUAGAUGAACCUGUGUUGGUUUAUUCAUUACUUCUCAUAUAGGUCCGUCAUUAGAAUGUUCUUAUGGGGAAUUAGAGUAGAUUUUAUAGGAGCAGUGUUAGAUAGAUACUUACUCCUUAGUAGUUUAGGAAGAUUAGGAGGGAUAGGGCAUUGAAUACUCUCCUUAUAACCCUUGUUUUAGGUUAAAAGUGGAGAUAUAGAUUGUUCCAAUUAGAAAUAGCCAUUUGCCAGUAUAGUUAAUUAUGACUUAUGAGAAAUUUUAAUCUCAUGUAGGUAUUGCUUAUGGUAGGCACUACCUUCAGAUUUUGGGUGUGUUAUGGCUCAAAAUUUUA